GCGUGGGCACGGUGCCGACUGCUGUCUAGUUGACAGUACUCGCGUGCUGGAAACCUCCCCUAAGCAUCACCAUCAUAUCGCAUCAAGCACUCUCACAUCAUAUCAGUCGCUUGCUUGUGUGUGUGUGUAUGUGUAUGUGUGUGUGUGCGCGCGCGCCCCUCCACCCCUACCCCCACCCCACAACACUUCCUCUUGCCUGCCUGCCUGCCGCACAGUGGGACGAUAUAUAGAUAUUACGUACAUGUUGAUGACGACAAUGAUAACGAUGAUGCUGAUGAUGGCGGUGAUGACGACGACGUCGAUGAUGAUGAUGACGACGACGAUCAUGGACAUGUAGAGGACGAGGACGGAUGAAGCUGGGGAGAAAAAAUAAAAGUCACUAGAAAGAGAAAACGAUAUAAGUGAAGAGAGAGAAAGAGGCUGAGAGGCAAGAACAUACACACGACGUCGACGAAACAGCUUACCCAUCCAUACAUACCAACUGCCCUAAAGUAUAGUAGUCGAGAAAGAGACAAGACACACACACAUUUACUAAGAAGAGACACCGAGAAUGUAAACUUUUUUUUAUACAUACGCAUAUAUAUAUGUAUAUCAAUGCUGUACGUACUAACGUAACACAUUCAUUAUUUUGCCUGUAAAUUAUACAUCAUCACAAACUCGCACACGCACACAUACACGUCUUGUAUAUUUUGAAGAUAUGUAUAAAUAUAUGUAUAAUGUAUAAUACAUAUAUACGUUAAAAAAAACACAAACAAAAAGCACCUGAGACAAUUAGAAAACGCACAUUCACAAUUGAGGGAACCAGCAGAAGAAGAAAGUAAAGAAAGAAAAAAAAACCCAACAAAUUAUAAGUAAAUUUUCGUCAUUGUCAAAUGUGGCCUUUUAUCGUCGAGUACAUGACAUUAAGUGAUCAGGAAUAGGUCAGAGAUGGUACUACAAUUACGGUUGGGAUGUUGUCUCAGUUAUCUCCACCAAAGAGUCUUUCAUGGGCUUGCCAAGGCAGUAAUGGUCCCCAGUUCUCUGACUGAAAUCCUCGACAUGCCGAUAUCCAGCCAGCAAUGAAGCCACUUGAGGCUAUACGUUGCACACUGCCAAAUUGUAUGUGUGAAUGUUUUGCCCCUGGAAAGUUGCACCUUAGAUCAUGUGACACAUGUAAGCAUGGAUGGGUCGCUCAUGCACUAGACAAACUUGGAUAUCAGCAUAUUUUCCACAUGGGUAUGCAGGUAGAAAUAGUUCAGCCAAAUAUAGUGUUUGAUAUUGCCAGUUUAAUGCUCUAUGGUGCACAGGCAACACCGAUUCGCCUCAAGAUCCUGUUGGAUCGACUUUUUAGUGUCCUGCAGCAUGAGGAGGUGCUUCAGGUGCUGCAUGGAUUCGGAUGGUCCUAUGAAGAUUAUGCUCGAGGAUAUAUCCUCCAGGAUCAACUGAGUACCAUAGGCGAAAACGAUGCAUCUGGCCGAGUUUUAGAUAAAUGGACCAUUGCCACUCGGGAAGAGGAACAUAUAAUAUUACAACAGUUUCUACGAUUUGGAGAAACAAAAUCUAUUGCUCAGGAAAUCAUUCUUCAGGAUACUAAAGAGAAACAAGAGCUUUAUGUCAAGCAAACUUCUCGGGCUGAGUCUGAAAUCAAGAAAUUCAUUGAGAGGAGUAACCUAAGUAUGCAAAGCUACAUGCGUCCCUACGAAUCACGGCAUCUGUUCUCAAAUCGCAUGCCAUUCGUAUCCCACAGUAGUAACCGCCUUGUAGCACCGACUGCAAUACAGUAUACUGCCACUACACCCCCAAGGGAUUUACGCCCCACAAGUAUGCCUCCCACUCCUGUACCUACAUCGAGUCCUGUUACCUCGUCCCCAUUAGGCCGUCUGCAAACCAUGUUGCCCAUUGAUUUUCGAAGGGAACGCUUAAGUCCUGCUGUUAGCCCAGGACUGUCAGAAAAACGUGCCUCUGUGCCACAGCUAUCACAACCACCUCUGCCACCACCACCACCACCACUACCUUCCCACGGUGAUGAAAGUCCCAAAAAUCUGAGUACUACCCCAACACCAACACCAACAUCCACAAGUCCUCCCCAGUUCCAGUCAAUGAAACCGCCAGAUAUAAUUGAAAAUUCUAAACAUGCGCCAUGCAUAAAUAUGCCAAAUAUUAGCCCAGUCAUUAUCUCCCAAGAAGAUUCACCAAUGGAUGCAAUAAAUUAUUCUACCAAAGACUGUGAAGAAUCAGCACUGUCUGUGUAUGCGGAUCGCAAAGUAAAACACCUCCGAAAGUCGGCUAAUCCAAUCAAACGUCAAUGGACUCCUUCGGCAUCAUUUGGAAGUACACUGAUUGCACCCAACGGCAAAAAGCGUGUUCUUUGCACAGCUUGCAAUAAAACUUUCUGUGAUAAAGGUGCUCUUAAAAUUCAUUACAGUGCAGUACAUCUGAAAGAGAUGCACAAAUGUACAGUUGAAGGCUGCAGUAUGAUGUUCAGUUCUCGUCGCAGUCGUAAUCGCCACAGUGCCAACCCUAACCCUAAGCUCCACAUGCCUCAAAAACGCAAACUCCCAGAAGGAGCUACUUUAAUAGCUGAGUCCAAACCCCCUUCGAGGCUCAUUAAUUCUCCUCCUACCAUGGUCGUUACUUCAUCUUAUCUCUCUAGAGCAGUGAUUCCCUCACUCGAUUCAAAUGUCCUCAACAGGAGUGAUCAGUCAUGCUUUGUAGAUGUGGGAAACAACCUUUCAUAUAUGUCUUCUGGGAAAAAAAUUAAAAUGGAAAAUAACGAUGGAAGUAAUGAAGCCAUUGAUAUGACUGAUGAUGUGAAGUCGCUGGACGAUACAUUGAAACCAGAUGUAAGCAGCACACAGCGUGGCUUCAACAGAAGGAAAAGCUUGAUUCCUACCCGUUGUGCCCAGAUGGAAGAAAAUUACAGCAUGAGUGAUGAAAAUUCAAUCUCAGAUGAGAAAGAUGCAACUAAACAUAACAAGAAAUGCUUAAAUGAUGCUGAGAAGGUAAAAUCUACAUCUAAUUCAGCUGCAGAUGAUGAACUGGAUGACAAAAUUGCAAUAAAAAAGGAAAUAGCUGAUGUUCGGGAGAUUCCUGAAAAAUCUAUGUCUGGCAAGGUUUAUGACUCAGUCAUUCUCUCCAGUCACAGCGGUGUCAUUUGUGAUACAAACUGUAAUCCAAAACAAGAACCUAGGAAAGAAGCUUGCCACUUUCCUAGAAUUGCUUCCCUCUUAGCAAAUAAUAACACCAAUAACAACAGCAACAACUCUUCAGAUCCAGUUGACCUCUCUCAAGAUAACUGCGAACGUAGCCCUUCUAAUUUGUCAUCUCUAAACAUGAGUCCUGGUUCAGAUCAUGAUUCAAAUGCCUCCCAAGCUUCCACUGACAUUGAAGGCCACUUGGCCAUUAGAGCCAAUGGUAGUCAUUCUCCAGAUUCUAACUCCAACAGUACAGAUAUUCCACUAGAUAAAGAUAAUCCUCGGAAGUGUAAUUUCUGUGGGAAAAUUCUCCAAAAUCAUUUUGACCUCAAAAUUCAUUAUCAAAGUGUCCAUUAUAAACUCAUGCACAAGUGCACUAUUGAUGGUUGCAAUGCUGUAUUCCCUUCAAAACGCAGCCGAGAUCGACACAGCACCAACCUGAACCUACACCACAAACUGUUGUCCACAUCUGAUACGGACCAGUUCCCAGAUGAUGAGGAAAUUGAAGAUGUGGAUGAAUUGGAUGAAGAUGACAUUGAUGAUGUUGAUGAUGAUGAUGAGGACAACAGUGAAGGAAUGAGAGGUGGAAACAAAGAAAAUAACCAAGUGAAAGAUCAUAUCAACCAAAAAUAUGACUCCCGCAUCUACAAUGAAAACAGUAAUCAUGGUAUUGGUGAUGAGGAUAGUAACCCAAACACAGUUAUUUGUAAUAAACGUAAAACUAUUUCCUCAGUGGGAAGUCACUCUAAUGAUAGUUUCAUUGGAAAUAACAGCAGAGACAGAGCUGAGGAGAACACCUUUUCUGCCCGUAAUGGGGGUGAUGAAAGUGGGGCCGAAGAAGAAGAUGACGACGAUGACGAUGGGGGCGAUCACCUGCAAGACGAGGACAUCGAUGAUGAACUGAACAGUGCAGUCAGUUGUCACGUAUGCCAACAAAAAUUCCGUGACAACCUUGCUCUCAAAGAACAUUUUGAAACCCUUCAUCCAAAAGAGAUGUACUACUGUACAGUCUCAGGAUGUGACAAGAUUUUCUCGACCCGCAAGAGCCGAAAUAGGCACACACAGAACCAUAACCUACAUCGUCAUUUGUCGUCCAUGAAAACCAAUGGCUUAUCCUGACAGUUUGCCAAAGACCUAGUCCUUGAGAAGGAACCAUGAUACCUCACAGAAGAAUGCAGUGUUUUCAGUUGUCCUAAUUAAUCAUCUUUGACUACUUUCUAUUGAUUUAUGAUGAACUUGUUUUCAUAAAUCUAAGCUAUUGAUGGUGGUCAUAACCAUAGAAUGUAGCAAUUGUUGUCUUAUUUAUUUAGCCAUGUCAACAGUAUUUUUCAGAAGUACAUGAAUUUUCAGUUUAUUAUUUUUAAUAAUUUAUUUCUCCCCAGUCCCUAUCUAUAAAUUCCUUUCUUCUUUUUUUUUGUCUUCCUAUUUUCUUGAGUUGUAUUGCAAUUAUAAUUAUUUUUAUUUAUUUAUUUAUCAUUGUUUUGCUCAGGUAUCAAUUAUUAUCUUAAAUUUGCCUUGUCUGCCAAUAGAAUUUUUAUUAUAUGCAUAUCAUUAUUUACAUUAUGGUUCACUGAGGUUGGGUGAGAUUACCAAAAUGAUGGCCAUUUAUAAAAGAUUUUAAGUUUUAAAAAUCAUCUAGAAUUCAUCAUUGUCAUUUAUAAAUUAUAAAUGAAUGAGAAACAAAUAUUUUUAAUGCUGACUGCUUAGAAAGGGUUUUCUCAGUAGUCAUAAAAAAUUAUUCCGUCCUAGCCCAGAUAAGGAGAUUACUUCAAACCAAAAGAAGUACCUCUGGUGAGGUCAGUAGUUUUUGUAUUUACAAUGCUUAUUUACAUCAACAUGCAACUGUGUUUAUGUGCGUGUGUUUGUUUGUGCAAGUGAGUGUGUUUGUGUGUGUGUUUGUUUGUGUGUGUGUAUGAGUUUGUGCACAUGCAUGUGUGUGCUCAUGAACAUACAUUGUUUUUACAAAAAUAAUGGCUUCUAGUUAAUUACAAAAGUUUACAAAAUCUUAAUUCUGUAAUGUUAUAACACCUGGGUGUCCAUUUUGUAUUCUUUCAACUGAUAACUGAGAUAAAUAUUCAUUAUUCAUUAUUUAAAUCAGAGAAAAAUAAAUAACCUGAUGAAACAGUUUCACCCUUUGGAUUUUAACAACUCACACAGCUGAAUUUUAAUAUUUAAGACUUUGUAGAAUGAAAGAAUUGAUAGUGUGUAUGUGUAGAAUGCAUGUGCAUGUGUGUGCAUGCAUAUUCAUAAUGAAAUUUUAAUGUAGUCUCUGGCAAUAUAUAAGGCUCUAACAUUUACUGUUUGAAAAUUAUAUAACACAUUCAUGAAUUUGAAAACUUAUUUAACAUAAUAAUGAAGAAAAGUGUUUAAAAACAUCCAUCAGAACCUUUAGAUUUCUGAUUGAAGCAGAGUAAUAUUUAAUAGGUCAUUUACAUAUUUCCAAUACAAAUCAUGUCAAAAAUACAGUUAAAAUUCUGGUAGAGCUGAAAACCCAGACUAAACACUUUCAUAUUCAAUUAAUCACUCCCAAAUUAACAUUGCUCCCAUUAUCAUUACCUUUGCACCAAUAAAAUAUGAAUGCCUAAAAGAAUGACAACAUUUGGGAUAACUCUGCUUAGGCUUCUAAUAUUCCCAGUUUUUUUUUGUUUUUUUUUUACAGUUCUAAACGUAAUAUACAUUUGAGUAAAGAACAUUAAUGUUUCCUACUGAAUAUGCCAGCAACAUGAAACAUUGACUACAUUUCCAUUCUUCAUUAUUCACUUAUCCUUUAAAUUUCAUUCCAUUAACUUAUUUGCUUCAUAAUUUUAUAAGUAUUUAAAAAAAAAAUAAUCAAAAUAAAAUAUUUAAGGAUCAAAUUUCAUUGUAUAUAUUCAUGCAACCAAUCUUCAACUGAAAAUUUUACAGUUUAGCUGGUGUUUAAACAAACAAAUCAAAUUGAAACAGGGAAAGAUAGAAAUGUCUUGUUUCUUUCUUGUUUUCUUGUUGCAUCUCCACAUCAUUUCCUUUUACAUUCUCUUUAAUAUACAUUAUCGUAUAUACACUUCUCCAGUCUCUUUUAGUUCAUGAUAGAUUUUGGAGAUUGUUUCAGUUAAUUUAUUCACUCAUUUUAUCAUUAAUUUUUUCAUCCAUCUUGUGUCAUCUGAUUAUUUCUCCAAAGUCAUUAUUAAAAUUUCUUUGAAGACCCCUACCCCACCCCCACCGUCACCACCACAAAUUAGAAACUUGACAUCCACUUUUUCUGCCUAACAUUGGCUUUUAUCGGUGCUGAAAGUUACUAAUAUCAAAUUCUAGUCAUAAUAAUCUAAACGG